UCUGUAAAUAUUUUCACUGAAGAUGAAAAGAUAAAAUUAAAUUUAAGAAUCGUCAAAAUACAAUUUAUUCACAAUGGAUAGGCAAGAACUAAAACUUGUAGGAUCUAAAAUAGCAGAUGGAUGUUUCGAAGAGUUAUUGGAAAUUUUGGAUAAGAGAUCUGAUUGCCUUACACAAAAACAAGCAUUAUAUUUGAUUGUUUGUUGUUGCACCACUUGUAACUCAAAUAUGAACAAUUGCAAUAAGUUGAAUGAAGAAAAACUGAUAUCUGCUGUGACUGGUUUAUCUAAGUUAAUCACAACAAUUACUACUGAGGAAUAUGAUAAUUAUGUACAGAGUAUAUACUUCAUAUGCAAGCUUUUGAUGAAGAAGAACUACCAAUUUAUACUCGAAGUGAAACAUGAAAUAUUGCCUGAUUUUAUGCCAAAAAAUUUAAUACAGAAGCAGAAAAACGUAUAUAAAUCUAUAUGUGACCUGAUCAUAAUUGAAAUAGUUGAUCUUGCCACAAGAAAAUCUAGCAUCAAUAAAAAAAAGAUAAUGUGCUUAGGGAAACUUUUAAGUGAUAUAAUUAUUACAUCUUCAAACUAUACCAUAUUUAUGGACUACGUUUUCAAAUAUGGAUUCUGCUUACCACGAUUGAAUACUGGUUUAGAUCUUCAGUUUGAUUAUUUCUUGUAUAAUAUUAGCAAAAUGAAGGAUAUGCCUACUGAAAAUGUACUCCAGGGAGUUUCACAAUUUUUAAAAUUUGGCUUACAUCUUUUUUCAUCAUUUUUAACUCUAGGAAUGCAAAAAUGUUCCCAUCAAUGUAUCGAGGAAAUAUUGGGGAUAAUUCCAAUGGAAGGAGAAUGGAUAGAUCUCAGAGAAAUAUUCAAAAUUUGUAAAUAUAUAAUUGAGCCAGAUAUUGACAAGAAAUAUCUUAUGGCUAGUAGAGAUGUUCUUAUGAAGUCAUACAAGUUAUAUAAAAAAUCUGAAAAUUUUCAUAAUAUCUGUAAACUGUUGUCCCAGGUGAUGGUAUCGUUUUCAAACUUCUGUAAAAGUUGUGAAAAAAAAUUAUAUUCCGAUCCUGAGAAGCAUAUGAUAAUUUAUGAGAUAUUGAGUCUAAUGAUGGAAAUUUUUCUUCAAAGAGCUGUGCCAUGUACCAAAGAGUGUAAAUGUUUGUCUAGGGGCAAUUCCGAAAUUUCAGAUGUAGCCCUAUGCAUUUUGAUACUUUUUGCUUCACUUCUAAAUACUAAUGAUAUUUCUGAGGAUUACAUAAAAAAAGUGAAUAGUUUUCUCAAGAAAUAUUUUGAGAUUUUAUUAUUUCAAAAAAAUAAUAAAUGUGAAGGGUAUAAGAAGAGUUGGUCAGAUGCAGCACCUUAUCUCCAUAAUGUAGGUGUAAUGCUUUUCAGAAAAGAAAAUUAUGAAGAAGCUAUAUCAAUGGGAAAUAUAACUCUAAAGUACCAUUCUUUGUUAGGUACAAUGGAAGAUAGUGUAAUAAUACCAAGCACAUUCAAUUUAUUGAGUUCCAUAUGUUCAAAGCAAAAAGCACAUAAAGAAGCUCUAAUUUGGACUGCUAUGGAAAUCAUAAACACAAAAAAAGAUUCCAGGAAUAAAGUGUUUUGCAAAUGGAUCAAAAUCAAAGCAGCCAGCAAAGAGGAUAGUUCACCUGAGAUCCAAGAAUUCACCAUUAUAUCAGUAAUUAAGACAAUUCCGAAGGAAUAUAAAUGUUAUGUGGAACACAUACAAACAAGAGAAGCUCAAAUUGAGUUAUUAAUUUCUGAAUUAGAGAUGUAUCAUGCAAAAUGGAAAAGUAAAGUACCAAUGAUGUCUUCAUUUCGACAUAUUUGUCAAAUCGGAGACAAACGGACAAUUAUGAAAAUUUUUGUGAAUGUAUUUACUGAUGAAGAAAUUCGCGUUCAUGCAGAAGUUUUGAAUUUAGUUAAGAAUAUUUUCGAUGAAUUGGAAAACUCUCCAAAAAAUCGAUGUGAUCAAACAUUGAUGCUAUAUUUUUCCUUCUAUUGCUUCUUUCUUCACAAAAAUCAAACUAUUGCCAUGAUCUCUAAAAAUCUAGAAGAAAUGGAGAAAGUUACGAAAUUGACAAAUAAAUCUGAUCUCAUUGUGGAUGUAACACCAUCAGAUGCUUUCGAUAGUUGUGAUAUAGUAUCUGUUUACGAAAAUUUGAAAGUGACAGGAGAAAAGUUGAAAAAUUUGGAAAAAUCGUUGCAAAUUCUGGAAACAAUUGUUGCAUCAAACCCUAAUCCAACGUUAUUCAAGGAUGUUGAGCCCAGAAAAGUGUAUGAGUUGGUUAAAAAUUUAACGAUGGAAUUUGUUUUACAUUCAGAUGGAUACAAUUCGUUUCGAUCAUUACUCUUAGCCUUCAGUGUAGCAGAAUUCAUCAAUGACAAAUGUUUAAUACUAGAAUGUGAUGGCUUCCUUCAUAGAUUUCUGUUUUUUCUCAAAGAAGGAACAAAUAGGGAGGAGAUAAUAUGUGAUUUGGAAAAAAACGCACAAAGUUACAAAAACCUACUUCAGUAUUACAUGAAUUUAUCAUAUUUCCAUGUGUUUCAUAGAAAUAUAUCACUUGCAUAUCAAUAUUAUAAAAAGGCUAAGUUCUUUUGGGAUAGUUUGAAGAAAGAAAAUGAAAAAAACCUCUGGAGUCUCGAAGCAAGUAUGGAAUUACUGCUUUAUAACUUGUUGGAUGUAGCUAAGGCCAUGAAUUUUGAAAUGGAAAUGAAGUUCUCAUAUGGCCCUCUCAUCAAAGCAUAUAAUAUGAUUGUCACUAGAUAUACCUCAGAAUCCCAGUGGACCACCUACUCAAUGAUCAUUCUAAUGGAAAUAUUCAACAAUCUUGUUAAAAUGUAUCAUGAUUUGAAAAUGCCACGGGAAGUGAGGUAUUUUGGCAAACAGUCCCUUAUAUUGGCUCAACAACACGUAAUCCCAAUUCAUAGUGCAAAAAUGUUAUGUUAUCUGGCUUAUGCAGAUUUAUGGAGCGAAAGGUUAGAUGAUUGCAGAGUAAAAGUAGAUGGUAUCUCAGAUAUUUUGUUGCUGGAUAAAACACAAAAAGGACCAAAAAUUAUCGACCAAAAAAGAUAUUUAGCAGUUCCCUCUGUGGAUGAUAUAAUGGAAGGUAUCAACGAAAUAAUGCUUGAUACACCUGCUCAGUCAUCUUACAAUGCUUCUUCUCCAUCUAGUCCUGUGCUACAAUGUCAAACAUACAAAUGCCCAUUGUUCAUGAGCCAUACUUUAUGUGACUGUUUUCAUUGCACAUCUCUGGAAUGCCAUAAAACAGUUCUUUCAUUCUAUCAUUUAGAAGCUUUGUGGUAUAUGCACAAGGGUCAAAUAACACUAGCAGGCAGUUUUUUCAAAGGUGUAUUCAAACUGCAUGAGUCAUUAUCAUACAAAAGAAAAGAUACAGCGGAAAUUUUUCAUAAUCGUUUAAGGAAAUAUUCCAAUCUUUCCCAAGAUUUCCUGAAAUAUGAUUUGGAGAAUACCAUAAGCUGUGAUGAAAUUAAAAUUGGUGCUUCUGUAAGUUAUAUUAAAUUUUUGGUAUCGUCUGGAGCAAAAGAGGCUGCUGAAAAAUUUUGCGAAAAUGCUCUGAAAAAAUUCACCAGUGCCAAAAUUCAAUUCCCACAUUUAUAUACCGAAAUAUUACUGCAGAAAAUUGGGCUCAUAUGUGGAAGACGAGAAAAUGGAAAAAUAAACCUUCAACCUGCAAAUGACGAGACUGAUUUGAAGGUUAAAACACCCGAGGCUUGUGUUAAGAAUAUUCUUAUUCCCAAAAUAAAUUCUCCCAGGAAGAAAAAGUUCCUUCCUCCUAAGGUGAUCAAAUUCACUUUAACAGAUUCAGAGCUUAGUGUUACACCUUCAAAAGCUAAAGAUAACUCAACUUUCGCCAGAACGCCAAAAGCUAAGAUUAUUCCUCCAAGCUUGAGAAAUAUUGAAACUCCAAAAUUGAACACUAGGAGCCGUAAUAAUAUCUUCAGCGAGGAUAAUAAAAAAACUACUGCCUCGGAGGAUAAUCAGGAUAGAACAGCAAAAAUGGACGAAAAUCAACAAUCUCUUUUGUCCGAAGCGUCUUCAAAACAUUCAGCAACUGUUUUGGAGGACAAAACAAAGUUGUUAACAUCAAGACUCCGAAAAAAAAAUGUUUCUGAAAAUAAUUCAAGUGAUACUAGUAACGUUACUGGGGAAAAGGAUGUCCAACCUGUGCGAAGAUCGAGGAGAAAUCGAACAUAACUUGUGUACAUGUUCAUUGUAAAUAGCUGAUCUGAUAACACAUGUUUAUACUUUCGAUUUGAAAGUUUCACGCCGAGAAUUGUCAAGAGAUAUAGUUUUGAAAAAAAUUCAUUUGUUACCGAUAAACCUCAUUUAAAGAAUAAGGGCAAUCUCCUUUUUAUAUUUUACCACUGUAUAUAUGAAUAUAUUAGUCCUUUGUAAUGAAUAAAUGUUAAUAUAAUUUGAAAGUUUA